AUGGCUGCGCCGCCCCUCCCACAGACUCCCGGCAACCAGCAGGCUCCCGCCAGCAAUGCCGCUCCCUCGCCCAUGUCGCCGCAGUCGCCCGGUAGCCAGAAUAGGGAACAGCAGCGCAUAGGUCUGCUCUUCGACAUCAACGUGGAGCUGCUACAAGAGGUGCGCCGCUUGCAGGCGGAGGGACACGGCGGCGCCAUAAGUCCGCAGCAGCUGAUGCAGCUCCGCAACGAGGGCAAGCCAGACAAGAUGGCGUCGGAUGAGUACAUUCAAUGCCUGCGUAGAGUGCAGGCCAACCUAGCCUACCUCAUGCCCAAGGCAUCCAGUGAUCCAAGUGGGCAGGCGCAGGCCAAAGCACCGCCUGGCCCUGCGCAUAUGACACCGCCGCCGCACAUGGCUCAGCUGCAGCCCAAAUACGAGCAGCUGAGAGAACUGUUCCCCGGCUGGCCUGGUAUGGAUCAGCGGCCUUCGCAAUCGUCUUCCUCUCCAAAACCCAACGGGCCCAACGCGACAAACGGAAUGAUGCCACCUGCUUCUGCGCAGACGUAA